CCAUCAUGACUCCGUGGCGCAACGGUAGCGCGUCAGAUUCCAGACCUGAAGGCUGCGUGUUCAAAUCACGUCGGGGUCACAGUCCGUGUCUUCCCAGCAUCGAAGAAUCUUCCUUUGAUGUUGGUGACGAUCGUUUUUGCCUCGUGGGCUCUACUCUACGUCGGUGGAGGGUGCGGGAAGACCGAAACUAGCACUCCACGUUAUCGAGAACGCGCGAGAGGGAGUAUGUAAGCUUUUAAUCCACUGGAUGCUAGCAAUUAUGGUGUACGGGUGGACUCCUGCAGAGUACUGGACCGGGGG